AUGACCACCCCCAAAUACACCAACAAACUCGCCAACACGGUCGUCCUGGUCAUCGGUGGCACGUCCGGGCUCGGCUUCGGCCUGGCCGAGGCGCUGCUGGAACACCGCGUCGCCCACCUGUACAUCUCGUCGUCGCGACAGCAGAAGGUCGACUCGGCCGUCGCGCGUCUGCGGGCCGCGUACCCGGACUCCCACGCCACCACCACCGUCACCGGCCUGGCAUGCAACCUCGGCGACGAGGCCACCCUCGAAGCCAACAUCCAGGCUCUCUUCGCGCAGAUCGGGCGCAAACUCGACCACGUCGUCUUCACGGCGGGGGACCCGCUCGCGGCCAAACCGCUGGGGGACGUGGAUAUGCCCUUCAUGAAGCAGGCCGGCAUGGUGCGGUUCUUCGCGCCCUUCUUCGUCGCGAAGGAGGCCGUCGCCCACCUCACCCCGGGCCCGGCCAGCUCCGUCACCCUGACCACGGGCUCGGUCUCGGAGAAGCCGAUCCCCAACUGGGCCGUCGUGGCAUCGUACGCGAGCGGCCUGUUCGGCAUGACGCGCGGGCUGGCCCUCGAGCUCAAGCCCGUGCGCGUCAACCUGAUCUCGCCCGGCGGCGUGGACACGGAGCUCUGGGAGGCCAGUUUGGGGGGUGACAAGGACAAGGUCAAGGCCACGCUGGAGGGGAUGAAGGCUCACACUGCCACCGGGGAGGUGGGUCAGGUCGAGGACGUGGUCGAGGCGUUUCUGUACGUCCUGAAGGACAAGAACGUCACGGGCACGUGCAUCAGGAGUGACGGGGGGGUUUUCCUGAUGUGA